UCAAAAGUAUCCACGUGCGAUUAAAUGCACUGCACUCAAAUUGAAAGGUAAACUGUCAUCAGCUGAUUUGGAUAAAAAAACUGACAGCAUUUUUCAAAAACACGCAAAAACAAAGAGUGAAAAGUUUGUUUAUAGCUUUUUUCCGGUGAUUUUUCCAAGUGAAAAAGUUCUAUGUUGAUUACAGAACAUGGCUGAAGAAGUGAAAAAUUCAUACUUUGCCGAAAAACCCUAUCGAUUGUCCAAAUUGUCAAUUGUGGCACCAAAUGUUCUGGGCAGAACACCACAGACUGAUGAUCCAAAAUUAGAAUGUCAAGGCUGGAAAUUGAUCUUUACCAUGGAGUUUGGCUGUAGCAAUUUUACCCAGACACACAUCUACAAUGCUUUUACAUCAGAAUGGUCAAAGCACAAUCUGAUGGAUGGGAUAGAAACAGAGUACAAUAGGCAUGUCUUCAAGACAAGAUAUGGCAAAAGAAUUGCCUAUGACUAUGAUGAUGGAGAGGAUCUUCCCGAAAUUCCACGCUCUGAACAUCCCCUCGAGUGCUACGGAUCAACAGUCUAUGGAGACUAUCUCUAUACAUUUGGAGAUCUGAGUAUUUCUGAUGAAGGCACUGAUAGGAGAUUUCUCUGUGAAAUUUUCAGAAUAUCACUCAAGGGCAUGGGACAUGAAUACAUCUCUCGACCAUUGCAUCAAAACUGCGACAGAAGAUUCGAUUAUUCAGUUGUUGUGGCUGAAGACAGAGUCUUCUUCAUUGGUGGACAGGGUUUUGACCAACUGGUAGAUCUCGUGGAAAUUCCAGUCUUCAAUCUCAACAGUCUUUCCUGGACCACAGUCAACACAAAACCCGACAGAUGCAGCAAAUCAGUUCAGAAUUAUCCAGAAGCCAGGGUAUCACCUUCAUGCCUCGUCAUUGACACAUGCAAUGGCCAGGAAAUUGUGAUAGCCGGUGGGAAUGGGAAAUUUGACAAUUGUACAGAUAUCUGGACACUCAAUCUCACCACAUACGAAUGGAGAUUCAUCAAUGUGAUCGAUGAAAUUAAUCUGAUGAUAAUGCGAGUGGCACAGAGUCAGAGUCAUCCCAAUUGCAUGUACAUCUGCGGAACAACGGGAAACUUUGAGAUUUACAGGAUGUGGCUGCAGAUCCCUCGGCUCGAGACAAUGUGCCUGGAGGCCAUCAGUCACUAUCAACUCUACAAACUUCCAGACACGGAUCUCAUAAAAUUCCGUGUUCCACCCAAAUUCUUUGAAGAGCUCAAAAAAUAAAAAACCUUGGCUUAUGUUACAAUUUAUGUAUACCCCCCUGAGUAUUAAUUAAAUAAAUUAUAAAGUCAAUAA